CAUAAAAUCGCUCUAUCUCACAACUCCUCAUUCCCCUGAACCGCAACUCCAUGAUGCACCUUCUAAAUCACACCCUUGCUAGCGUAGACACAGGUCGCAUCCAUCAUCAUUAUUUUUGAAGACUUCUUCUUGUAAGUGAAAGUAGUAGCUACCUAGUACCGUUUGAAAAUGAUGCGUCUUGCUCUGAUCCAUGUUCUGCUUACUUACUGAAUACUGUGAUUUAAUAUGUCAACAUUAUUGAUUCGCAGCACUACUACUAACUAAGCCAUGGGGAACCUGAUCACACACACAAACACAGACACGAAAAAAAAAAUUGCAAACUAAGGAAGCAAGACGAGUCAGAAGGCCCACGACCUGGAGAGGGCUUGACGAUUAGGACAAGAAAGAUGGCGAACAAAUUCGUAAAAUCGUGCGCGCUGCUUUUGUCGGUAGUCGCGGGGGGGGGGGUGGAGAGUUCCCCUGCCCGGGCACUGAAUGAAACGCAGAAUGAAGAAAUAGCGCGUACACAGCUACUUCGUGGGUCGAGCUUUUUGCAGGAGCAGCAAAAGGUGCAUAGCAUGUUCGGGUUCGGCAGAAAGAAAGGCCCGUGCGCAGGAAUAGUGUUUAAGAUCAGCUUUUAUCCAUCUUUCUCGGCUUCUUGAUGCCUCCCUCUAUCCUACCUUGUACUUCAUGGGAAAGGGGUUGAGUUGAGGCGACCGAGAUGAAUAAAAGCCGACUCUAAUACACGCUCGAGAGUGGCGGACCGCGGUUCAUGCCUGAACCAUCCAGAAUGCUGCAAUCUGUAUGAAAGUGGAGCGCAGGGAAGCUGGACGUGUAAGGCUGGCAAAAGAUAAAGAGAACAUUGAACUAGUACACAUCAAGGAUCGAAAUACAUAAAUAUAAAACAUAACAACACGUCGAGCAAUGUUCUCUGGCGCACGAAUAUGCUAAGUUUCGCGAGACCUCUUGCUAAAGAUCAAAUUGAUGCUCGUCCGUAAUACCAGAUCAUAUUCUUGUUUGCGUUAAUACUACGUAACAUUCAUUAGACUCCAAAAUAUGUCAUGUAGCUUCGAACACAUCUCUUUGAUACAAUUUGUCAUCCUUCCUAUCGCAAAUUCCACAAAUAUUACAUGAUGAAAAGCCAAUGCAAAUGUAUUGAUUUUGACGAUAUUCUAACAUAAGCCAUCUCGAUCUACGUACGACCAAUUUAUCAAACGACAUUCGUUCUUGUUGCAAUUUUCAAGAAAGAAGGCUGUGCCAAAUCUGAUGUGAUCAUGAUCAUAAUGAUAAUUCAGCAUAUAGAUACACUUACUCUCAGAGGAUUUAAUAAAAAAUGCUCUCUUUCUUUCAUCAUCUUCCCUUCCGUUCUAGGUGAUCCCAGGAGGUGGAAGAGUGAGAUGGGAAAGAUUUUAAAUUGAAUUUUUGGGAAAUAUUAGGCAGAUUGCCGAAUAGAUUCGCAUCAUCAUUGAAUUUUUGGGAACAGAAAACUAAGCAAAACCAAUAU